UGCGCGGCCGGCGUGUGACCCAUAUAGGAGAGAAUAAUGUGAUGUAUUCCUCCAAACCCUAGAAGGGUGGAUAUAUAUAGUUCUUAUAUAUGGGCCUCUAGACGGACCUCUAUACACGGACUCACAUAUACACCAACAGAUGUGACCAAGUUUUCCGUGUUCUUACUUCCAUAUAAGCACAUUUCAAACUAAUGAAGUAUGAUGUCACUGCUGAAAGCAGCUGAGGGCUUCAGAUGCAGAAAUCAGAAUGUCACAUUAUACAUGUUUAACAGGACAGUACAAUCAGAAUACUCUCAGCAGCUGCUGCCACAGUUGCACCCAGCAAGGGGAGCAGAAACCAGAGGCAGAGAUAGGUAGCUACCUAGACUGACAAUGGGGGAGCAAGGUAUGUCAAGCAGCAACAAGAUCAGAGACAUUGUGAGGCUACAACAGCUUCUCAAGAAGUGGAAGCGGCUUGCACUCUCACCAAAAGCCGGCAAGAGCAACGGCAGCCAUGGCGUUCCCAAGGGGUUCUUCGCGGUGUGCGUCGGCGAGGAGAUGAUGAGGUUUGUGAUUCCCACGGAAUACCUGGGCCACUGGGCAUUUGAGGAGCUCCUGAAGGAGGCAGAAGAGGAGUUCGUGUUUCGGCAUGAGGGGGCCCUGAGGAUCCCCUGUGAUGUCGAGGUGUUUGAGGGCAUCCUGCGGCUGGUGGGCAGGAAGGAGGAGGCAGUUUGCUACUGUUCUUCAGAACCUGGGAUCUUGUGCAGAUGAUGAGUUUCUUUUUCAACACUUCCUAUUUUUCCAUUCUUGGUUGGUUCUUGGCGUUCCGAGAAGAGAUGGGGAAGAAUCCGCAAAUUGAUGAGAUUUGCAAAUUUAUACGCGAGGAUUAAACAAGGGAUUCACAUUCUUUUUGUGUAAAGAUGUUAAAAUGAAGGAUCUGCGCCAAGGAGAUUGGGUAAAAGUCUCCUUUCCAAGAAUUCGUUUUCCACCCUUCUUUGUACUUUUAACUUUCCUUUUAAUUGCUCAGAAGUUGAACAAUGUUCUUGUGGGCUAUUUUUGAACCCUGGGUCUAAUGUACUUGUGCCUCAAUGAAGUAAACGCUACUUCUGUGUUUCCAAUAUACAUACACACAAGAGAUGCAUCUUUGCUCAA